AUGUCUACUACUCCACCAUUACCUCCAGUUUCAGGUGAUAUACCUACUCGUCAACUGCAACAACAAUCUUCUGCAAUUGCAGAUUCAGACGAUGAAGAUAUUGUUAACAACAACAACAAUACCAAUACCAAUACUAAUACUAAUAUUAAUACCAAUCAAAACAAGAAUGAAACACAAUCAUCAUCAUUAUUACAACAACAACAUCACAAAUUAAGUCCAGAAGAACAAGCAGCUGCAGAUGAUGCCCGUAUAGCAGCUCUCGACCAACAAUUGCAUGACCAACAACUCCGUGAAAGACCACGUACACGCCGGCGAUCAAGUUUUUUCUCUCCAUCACCAGCACCUCCAUCUCCUAAUGCUCGUGAAAUUAAAGCAUUUACUGAUGAUUCUCGUCAUUUUUCUAUGAUUAGACAAUUACAUAUGGCAGAUUAUAUUACACUUAUGAAUGCAUGCUGUGGAUUUAUGUCUAUAGUAUCUUUAUUGGCCCAUUUAACAAGUGAAAAGGGAUUAGCAAGUGGGAAUAAUUAUUAUUUAAAUCGUGCAAUGUUAUUGGUACCUCUUGGAUUAUUUUUUGAUUUCCUUGAUGGACGUGUUGCUCGCUGGCGACAUAAAGCAUCUCUUAUGGGACAAGAACUUGAUUCACUUGCUGAUCUUGUAUCUUUUGGUGUGGCUCCUGCUUCUAUUGCUUAUACAAUUGGGUUCCGUACUACUCUUGAUACAGCUGCUUUGGCUAUUUUCGUUUUAUGUGGACUUACACGUUUAGCUAGAUUUAAUGUUACGGUGGCAAAUAUCCCCAAGGAUGCAAAAACUGGGAAAUCAAAAUAUUUUGAAGGAACUCCAAUCCCAACUACCCUUGUAUUGGUGGCUAUCAUGUAUUAUUUUGUGGCAACUGGUAAAACUGGCCAUACAAAUAUUCCAGGAGGCGUUUUGUGGGAUGGCCACUGGGCUCAAGUCCACCCGCUGGUUGGCUUAUUUUUGAUUUCCGGCUCAGCCAUGAUUUCAAAGUCCCUCAAAGUCCCCAAGAUUUAA